CUUUAAGGCUUUCAGAGCAAGAGUCAAUACCAGCACUGGAGUACAGAGCUCACUCUCCAGCAACUUUCCAAAAGAAGGAGAGACAUUGAAUAUCAAAAUAAAUUCGUCCUCUGGCCCAAGCUUUCAUCAGGAAAAACCAAAACGGAAGCCUGAUGCUCCCCAUUCCAAGCCACCAGCAAAGGCUGAAGAGCCAGAAUCUAAAAUCAAAAAAGCAAUGAGGCUAAACUAAGAGAAGGAAAGCACCUAAAAGCAAGGAGAAUACCAGGAUGAGAAUCAAUCUGAAGAAUAACCAAGUUCCAAGGAUCUAUCCUUCAGCUGGAAAACUUAUCGGGAGAACAUGCCAAACAGCUUUUGUAAGAUAUACAAGCGAGCUGGGUUCAGAAUAUUUGAAAGUAUAUCAAGAAAAGCAAAAGAAGAAACUUCAAAUGGAUAAAAGCAUGAUAUAUAAGCAACAUAUCCCUCUUGAUCAAUUUAAUGAAAAGAUUUCGGGUUUUAACUGUACUAUUCCAACUCUAUGGAUGGCUAAUAGGUUAAAAUCUGCAAAUUCAUCAUUAUUCCUACUUUCAGAUGAAGAUUUAAGUGAUAGAAGUGGGAGAAAUAUACAUCAUGGUAAAAUCUUGAGCAAGAUUUGUGAGAAGACUCGCAAAAAGGGUAUAAAAAGACGUACAAUUAAUAACAAAUCUCGAGAGCAACCAAGGCUAAGCUCUAACAUUAAUAUAACUAAUGAAGGUUCUUUCAUGUCGAACAUAAACCUAAAAUCUAUCAAAAACAUCCAUCAGCCUCCUGAGAAAAUCUUAAAAUCGCGAAAAUUUAGUUUCCGAAAACUUGACGAUCAACCUACCCCAAUCGACCCAAAACACCCUCCUCCACUCCAAAAUAUCUUAUUCGAAGACAAAGAAAUCCCUAUAAAAAUCCGAACAAGCAAAUAACUUCAUCUCUAUCAAAAACCUCACCCAAGAAAUGACCCAAAACCUCUCCCAAAAGCCCCAUCGUCAGACCACAGCCCUCCCAAAACACCGCAACAACAUCCACAAACGCUUCGAGAUCUUCCGCCACAUGCUUGCUCGCAGCCAAUCAAGCCACUCAACCUACAACAAAAUCUGGAUUCCCCGCACAGAACUCCGCAAGCACCCUCGAGUCCCCCACCUAAUGUCCAAUCCCCGCCUAGACCUCAACAUCGAAGAAGAGAACAAGGAGAGUCUAGUCAAAGGCAAGAAUAUCGUCCUUGAAGAUAAAAUUGAGAUGAUUUUCAGGCAAGCUUAUGGCACACAGACUGAAGAGAGUCAGGAAGAGGUGAAGGAAGGGGUAGAGGAGAAUAUUGAGAUUAGUGCAGAUGGAGUGAGGGAAAGUAAUUAUGGAGAGAUGGAGAGGGGAAAUAUUAGGAAGCAUGAUAAGGAUAUUAAAAUCAAAAACACAAUUAAGACACAUUCAAACAAAGAAGUCCUGAUCAACAAAAACAGUCGGUUAAUUAAAAAGCUAACCAAAGAAAUUCCGAUGUCUCCUUCUUCAAAUAUUUAUUCCAAAAGAACAAGUCAAAUAGUUUCCAGGAGAAACUCAAAAGAGCAAAACCUUGAUAUACAAGCUGUUAAAAAUCCGAUUACACCUCCUUCUGAUGUUAUUCCUCCACAAGCUCAAUCACAACCAGAGCCUGAUAUCGUAACUCAGGAUCAAAGCAAGUCUAUGAUAAAGACUUUCGUGGCAAAUGUGCCUGUAAAAGAUAUCACAUUUGAAAGAGAACCUACCGAAAAGCCUACCUUCUUCGAGACUUCGGUUGAUGUUCCCAGUCAUCUCAAGACUUCUGCAUUAUAUAUCAAGAGAGGAAGAGAUCCUGAUGGUCCUAAAGGAGAACCUAAAGGAGACUGAAAUCAGGAGAAUCUAGGACUUAAUACGAGAUUUAAUAAACAACUAACAGCUGAUCUUAAGAAUUUCAACAUGAAUCCCAUGGGAAGAAAAGAAGUAUACCAAAUUGGUGAGCAUCUGGAUGAAUACGACACAGACUCAUCAAAAGAAAUCCCGAGAGACUCUAAUGCUUCUGCUCCUUCCUACAUGAAGAUAACAGGCAAAGGAAAUUAUUAUAACUACAAAGAAUUCAUGUCUGAUUAUUUUGACCAUCGAGAACUGAUUGCUAUGAAGCCAUUUGAUAGAAUAGAGAGGAUUAAACAGACCAGAGAGUACUAUAAGCCAAAGAGAUUUAAUUAAACUGAAUUUUCAAUAA